AUGUCAACUACCAAACCACUAUAUGUUCCUGAGCGACCCUCUGGAAUUGAUACCGACGAGAGCUUCGUGGUCGAGGUCAGGCCCCUUUUGCAGUCGACUGAUGACAAUGGGUCAUGGACAAAAGUUCCGACGAUUGCUACAGAAGUGGCAAAGCCAAACCCACAGAGCAAUACUUUCCACAGGCACACGGUGUCGAUUGUAUCGUUUGAUAUGGGCGGGCCUGUCGAGAUCAGAGCCCGGUACACACGUCAAGAGGUGACCAAGGCCUCCAUACGGCCGUUAUCGAGAGGUAUAGACGCUGUCAUCGUUGGCGACACAGUGUCUUUCACGUUGGAGAAGCCGCUGGAUGUCAUGCUAGAGUUGAAUGGCGACAAGUACCAAGCUCUACAUGUGCUUGCCAAUGGUUUCGAUUCAGACAGACCAACAGGUGAUGACAACGGUCUUUGGUACUUUGGACCGGGGGUCAAUAACGGGACGGCAUCCUCAAGAGUCACUGAUGGUGUCAAUUUGAAUGUGCCUUCAAACACGACUGUGUAUCUUGCCAGUGGUGCUUUCAUCACUUUCCGAUUGAAUUUUCUUGGCGUCUCGAACAGUUCGGUUCGAGGUCACGGGUUCAUUUGUAGCUCGCAAGGAGGAUUUAAAGAACGAGAAUUAGGCGGUGCCAUUCAUAUGAAUGGAGCGCGAGACAUUCUGGUGGAAAAGGUCACGUCAUUGGGUGCCAAUGGGUACAGUCUUUCGGCCGGAGAAUGUUCGCAGGUUCGUGUAGACGGUUACCGAUCCUUCACCUCGGCUGGAAACGGUGAUGGCAUCGACUUCUUCUGCUCCUCUGACAUCACCAUUGAGAAUUGUUUCCUCCGCAACUCGGAUGAUAACAUUGCCUUGUACUCCCAUCGCUGGGACUGGUACGGGGACUCGGAGAACAUUACUAUCCGCAACUGUGUCCUGCUCCCAGAUAUUGCUCAUCCGAUCAAUAUGGGGACUCAUGGAAAUCCUGCGAAGCCCGAGACGACGCGUAACGUUACGAUCAGCAAUAUUGACAUCUUGGACCAUGAAGAGAAUCAGCUAUGGUACCAGGGGUGUAUCGCCAUCAACGCGACCGAUAGGAAUCUCUUUUGCAACAUCCACGUGGAGAAUGUCCGGGUGGAAAGGAUCACCAAAGGCCAGCUUUUCAAUCUUCGGGUAAUGCUAAACACCAUGUACGCGACGGCUCCUGGCCGAGGAAUACGAGAUGUCACAUUCAAGAAUAUCUCACUGAAUCUGGCAGCGUCAGAGACGGUCAAUCCAUCGCAGAUCUUGGGGUAUGAUGGUGACAAUUACAUCGAAAACGUGACAUUCGAAAACCUCAAAAUUGGAGAUUCGGUGAUAUGUACCGAAAUGCAGAAACCGUACUGGUACAUGGUGGAAGACUUUGUCCCUGUCUUCGUGAACGAGCAUGUCAAGGGACUGACUUUUACACAGAAAGCGGAUUAA